AUGGUGGUCUCGUUCAGGAAAUCAGAGCCUUUGAAGAAUGUGACAAACAAGAUCGGAAGGAGAGCCGAAAAGACAGUCCUCCCUCUCACGAAGAUGGAGGAAAUUGUUUACAAGCAGCAGAGGGUUGGAGAGGCCUCCCAGAUAGUGAUGGUGGACAAGUACUCGGAUGAUGUUUUCGAGUACUUCUCAACAAUCGAUAAACCUUUCGUAUAUAUCAACGACGGAGUGUCGUGGAAGAUGAGGAGCCUCUUAGUAGACUGGAUCAUCGACAUCCAUGACAAGCUGGGACUCUGCCACGACACUCUUUUCCUUGCAAUCAACUUCAUUGACAGGUUCCUUUCCAUGAGGUCGAUUCCUAGCUCGAAGCUCCAGCUUGUCGGGAUUUCCGCCCUGAUGAUAGCAUGCAAGUAUGAGGAGGUUGUGUGCCCAGCUCUUCAGACGCUUGUUCUUCUAACAGAGAAGACGUUGACGGGAGAGGAUGUAAGGAAGGCGGAGAAGUACAUGCUCCAUACCCUUAACUACGAUCUGCAGUAUGUGUCUCCUCUGAAUUUCCUGAGGAAAUGCUCCAAGGCCAACAACUACGAGAUCUGCAGUAGGACAGUCGGAAAGUAUUUAUUAGAACUCAUGACCCUCUACGAGGAGUUCCUAAGAUUCAAAGGAUCCGUGAGGGCUGCAGCAGCAAUGUAUCUCGCAAGAAAGAUAACGUCCCAGGAUCAAUGCAAGAACCUCUUUAUCAUGUACUCCGGACAUACUAAAGAUGACAUAAAGGAAUGCUUCAAUGCCCUUGUCCACACCAUAAGCGAGAGCAUUCCAUUCGAAAACAUACAGAACAAAUACAAUACCCCCAAGUUCCUUCAUGCAGCAUCCUUUGUCAAGGAGUAUGCAGAGAAAAACUUCAAGUAA